AGGCACUGGUAAAUAAAAGCGCGUGAGGCAGCCCCGCUGCCUCGUGGGAGCUGCUGUGUUGCGGGGGCUCUGGCCACCUGUCUGCCACACUCCCCUCCCCUUAUUAUCUGCUCUCUCCAGAGUGUCGAGAAGGAAAGAAAUCAUGCUGUUUUGGCAUACCCAGCCGGAGCACUACAACCAGCAUAACUCCGGCAGCUACCUGCGUGAUGUCCUUGCACUGCCAAUCUUUAAGCAGGAGGAACCUCAGCUGUCCCCUGAGAAUGAAGCCAAACUGCCCCCAUUUCAGUAUGUGCUUUGUGCAGCCACAUCACCAGCUGUGAAACUUCAUGAAGAAACUCUGACCUACCUCAACCAAGGUCAGUCUUAUGAAAUCCGACUUCUAGAGAAUCGGAAGCUGGGAGAUUUUCAGGAUCUCAAUACUAAAUAUGUGAAGAGUAUCAUUCGUGUGGUUUUCCAUGAUCGGCGGCUCCAGUACACAGAGCAUCAGCAGCUGGAAGGCUGGAGAUGGAGUCGACCUGGGGAUCGAAUCCUGGAUAUUGAUAUCCCCCUCUCUGUUGGCAUCUUGGACCCCAGGGCCAGCCCAACACAAUUAAAUGCAGUUGAAUUUCUGUGGGAUCCUUCAAAAAGAGCUUCAGCAUUUAUUCAGGUACAUUGCAUCAGCACAGAAUUCACACCCAGGAAGCAUGGGGGAGAAAAAGGAGUUCCUUUUCGAGUGCAGAUUGAUACCUUUAAACAGAAUGAGAAUGGGGAAUACACAGAACAUCUGCAUUCAGCCAGUUGCCAGAUCAAAGUGUUCAAGCCAAAGGGAGCAGAUCGAAAACAGAAGACAGAUAGGGAGAAAAUGGAGAAGAGAACUGCACAGGAGAAGGAGAAGUACCAGCCGUCUUAUGAAACUACAAUCCUCACAGAGUGUUCUCCAUGGCCAGAUAUUCCUUACCAAGUAAACAAUGUCCCAUCACCGAGUUACAACAGUUCUCCAAACAGCUUCAGCCUGGGAGAUGGCAACAGUUCUCCAACUCACCAAGUGGAGCCUCUGCCUAUCAGCAAUGAUCACCUCCUUCCUUCCGCUUCUAUUCAAGAUGCCCAGCAGUGGCUCUACCGAAAUAGGUUUUCUCCAUUCUGUAGACUCUUCUCAAGUUUCUCUGGUGCUGACUUACUUAAAAUGUCCAAAGAAGAUUUUGUCCAGAUCUGUGGCCCUGCUGAUGGGAUUCGGCUCUUCAAUGCCAUCAAAGGCAGAAAUGUAAGGCCAAAGAUGACCAUCUAUGUGUGCCAGGAAUUGGAGCAGAACAGGUCUCAUCUUCAACAGAAGAGAGAUGGUGGUGACAGCAAUUUGUGUGUGUACCAUGCUAUCUUUUUGGAAGAACUGACCACUUUGGAGCUAAUUGAGAAGAUUGCAAACCUUUACAGCAUUUCCCCUCAGCAUAUUAACAGAAUCUACAGACAGGGACCAACAGGAAUCCAUGUAGUGGUGAGCAAUGAGAUGGUGCAGAAUUUCCAAGAUGAAUCUUGUUUUGUUAUCAGCACAUUAAAAGCUGAAAGCAAUGAUGGCUACCACAUCAUCUUGAAAUGCGGACUCUGAAUGCCAGGAUCCUUAAUCACGUCAGAUUCCAAGGCACCUUUUUUUCUCCUUUCCCCCCUCAACGUAGACAUUACCCCAGCUGCAAAAUACAGACUUGUUUGGAAAAACAAAACAAAACAAAAAACCAAAAGCUCAAAGGAGAUCACCACAAGUACAGAAAACAGUGAUGAUGACGACAGUUUGGCUGAGACGGAAGGAUCCUGUCCAGAAAAUGUGCUCCUGUCCCUCCCUCAAUCCUCUGUCCUCAAGCCUUCCAACAUCUUCAAUUUUCUUAUCCUUGUUCAUUGGCUUUGUCAUUCUAGAGUGAAAAAAAACAACAGCACUCAUUUUUUUUUCCUCUGGAUUCCUUGACUUCCCUUUUUCCCUGACUUCUAUUUCAUAUCAGUGCCUUCUCAUUGGCUAAGUGGAUCUGUCGAUAGAAGGACUCAAAUGUUGGAUACUGGUGACUUGUCCUUCUGAGUCCUUUCUGAGGUUUCUAGAAAUACUUUUCCUUCCACUUGGAAAGAAGAAGGAAUAACUCCAUCUUUCUUUUCCUUUGGGAUUUAAUGAUGUAUCUGAUGUUUGUGUUGUUAUUCUGCCUCUGUUCCUCCUUUUGCUAUCGAUGUUACAAAACAAUUUUAUACAUUUUUAAAAUAUGGUAUUACUCUCCCAGAACAUGCUUUGUUGCAGUCAUAUCUUUUUUAAAUGCCCCACUUUGUGUGUAUUAUCCCUUACACAGAUAAAUGCUCUUUCUGAAGACUUUAGAGCCCCAGGAGUGAGAUUGGAUCAUUUUUUAAAAGGAUCUCACAGCUAAAGAAAUUGAAUGUUGACUUUAACAAAGGAUAAUUGAAAUGGGGCUCAGCCACUGUAGUUUGUUUUGCUUUUAUAUUUAUCUUUUCUUUUAAGCAUUUGUGAGAUUGGUGAUAGCUGGGAAAGGAAAAAACCCCUGAAUUUUUAGUUAACCCUGAAACAGUUUUGACAAUCAUGGUACUAGAGUUUUCCGGUUUACAUAUAAAAUUUAACUGGGGAUUGAUUGACCUUUGUGAAUAUUAUUGAUUCCACUAGUUUGAUAAGAUAUAUAUUUUUUUCUACUUGUUACAUGUCAUAGGUUUGGCUUAUUUCAUCUGUAGCAGAAAAUUCCUGAUUGAAGAUAUGGAAGAGAUUAGAUGAUACUUUAAUGUUCCUUAUAAUUCUUAGAAUGUCAAUGAAAUAGUGUGAGGUUUAUAUUCACCUUAAAAAUUCUAACUCUUAGAUCUGCAAUGGUUCGCAAUUUGAAUGAGUUUGGCCAAGUGAAAUUGGAUUAGACUAUUGUUAAUGGUUCCUUAACUCAGUAAAACGAUUGUGUGGGGGCCUUAAACUAUCUGGAUGUAAAGGGGAUGAAUGCCCUUAGAAUGCUUUGAGUGAAACCACAGGAUAUGUUGUGCUGGUGGCCUAAGAUGUUACUUGUUUUUUGUUCAUUUGGAGUUUAUUCUCUUUUCUCUCAUUCAAAUUAUUUUUCCACUCCAUGUACUAAAUGACUUAUAAAGUCAGCAGUUACCUACUGAUUGUGUCCUAUGAAGCCUUUCUCCUUCCUUAGCCCAUCUGAAUAGCAUAUAUUGUCUUGUGGUGCUUUUAAAAUGUUUUAGGGAGUUUUUCAAAUUGUUAGUUGAUUUGAUCAUCACUAAGACGAUGUGAAGUAGACCCAGCGCAACUAUUAUUCCCAUUUGACAACUAGAAAAGCUGAGACAGAUGAAUUGUUUAAGGUUAUGCACUUCGUGGUAGAACUGGAAUUAGAACUCUCAUCUUUUGAGUUCUGGCCGGUGGUUCUUUUCAGUGGACCAUCAAUCAUUCAGCAUUUAUUAACUACUAUUAUGCCAGGGUCUAGUAGGGAUACAAAUACAAAGAAUGAAAUAAGUUUCUACUCUUGAGGAGCUUAACAAGACACUUUCUUGAGGAGAAAUAAAGGGUUGUCAGCAUGGAAAUCCCACACUCAACUUUGCCUUUAUGUCAGUAGAACAAUAAUAAUAAAUUUAACUAUAAAAUAAAAUAUAACUGUAAAAGAGGAUUCCAUUCUUCCCCUUCAGAACUUUUUUCAGGGCUCUCACCUUGAAUAGCAAAGUUACUUGACUCUUUGAGGAACUUUGGCGAGGUCAGGAGUAAGUGGGUGGGCUGGAUUGGGAACCCCCACCCUCACUGCAGAAAACUUGUUCCCUUUGGUGACCCCUUCCUUAUUCUGCCUCCAGGGUGCUGGUGGAGAGUUAUUUACUUGCUGUGAGCUUUCACCCAUUCUGCUCACAAAUCUCCCAAGUCAAGGGUUGCUUCAGGGAAGGGCCUGAAUGACUAAAUGUCAGAAAAUCAUUAACAAGUUAGAGUUGCCAAAAAAGUGGGAAAAAAAGGUUGUUUUUUUUUUUUCCCCUUCUAUUGACGUAGUCAGUAGUGCAGAGGAAAAUAGCCCCCAGGUUAUAGAAACAAAAGCAUACAGGGAAUGCAAAGUAAGAGACAGAUGAAUGUUUCAGCAAUAAUAAGGUAUCAUCAUGUCUUCUUUCCCUGGUUAAAUAUAUAGAAUGUCUAUAUAUACACAUGUCUCUCUCUAUAUAUUUUGGGGCUAAAGCCCUAAGUAACCUUAACUUUAACCAUUAAGAUUUGGCUAAUAUGAAAGUUUUGGGGGAAAAAAUUAUUUUUGCUGCCUGGUCAUUAAAUUAGCAAGGUCCAACCUCAAAAAAAAAAUCAGUUAAUUAAAAAACAGAAUAAAAUCCAUAAUGAUAUAAAAAAAUUAACAAGCCCUCCUAUUUGCCUUUCACAAAACUUCUCAUUAUUUGGGCAUUAGAUGGGAUUUGGAUAUUAGUAGCAAUGGAUAGUAUUGUGUUAAUAUAUAUGCAUACAUACCUAGUGAAGAGUGUUUAUAUUUCUCAGGCCUGAUUUUUUCUAAGAAGACUGGCCUCUGGGUUACUAUUAACUAGAUCAGCUAGUUCUUUGAAUUCCCGCAUACUGUUAUCAUAGAACAAGUCUUCAAAAGUGGAUAAAACAAUAAUAAAAUAAUGGAGUCAGAUUUGUGAGGAAAAUAAUUUUUUUUGAGACUGCUCCAUUCACUAUUUUAGGAUGUAUAUAUUUGAUAUAUGCAUUACAAAAAUGGAUUAUAAUGGCUGUGAAAAAUUCUUACCAGUUUGUUCCCUAUCUUGUAUCUCAAGGAGGUAUGGAAAUGGGUUAGCAUUCUGAAUUACCAUUCUGGAUUUAAAUUCUUAGCAUGGAGGAUCCAGUACUCAUUGUACUUGCUCACUUGUAGGGAUCAUUUAGUAUAUGUGAUCUGUUAGUACUAAUUAUUUUUAUACCUCUGCCCAGUAGAGGAAAAAAAUCACUGAUUAAGAAUACUUUAGGGGAAAAAAAUUUAUUAGCAAGUCAUUUGAGCUCAAGCAUCUUCCUUUCCUGUCUGUGUUUCUGUACUACAAAUAUCCUAGCUCUAGGAAUGUCACUGCUUGAUACGUAUUCUUAUUUGGUCUUCAUAAUAACUUGAUGGGUUGGAACUCAUUUUAAUAUGGGAAAACUCAUGUGAAAGUCAAAUUCUUAGAUAGGUUGAGUGAUUGGCCCAAGGUUACUCAAAUGGAAAUUCCAUAAGUAGCAUUUGAACCAGGUAUAUCUUGUCUUGCUAUUUGUUUAGAGUGCUUUCCACCAUACUUGAGUGUCCUUGAUUAGCAAAUGGUAGAGGUCUACACAUCUGUGUUUACUUAGGGCAGAAUAUUUUGUGAGAAAGCACCCACUCCCAACUUCCACAGGAGUUGUUGAGUUUCCAAAUUUUUUGACCUGGGCAAAUGACCAGAUUUACCUGUGACUGGUCUCUUGAUGAAUGGGAAAGAUUAGUUCAAAUGUUUUCUAGUGGCUUAAGGUGUGAAUUUAGAGAGUUUUAUUGUAGUCUUCAGGAUUUCUACAAGCCUUUGAAGAAAGGACAUACUACCAGUAAAUACCUGGAGGACAUUUAGGGGAUCAAUUGUAGGACUGGGGCCCAGAGAACCAUUCUAUUUGUAUCUGCUAAUGCCUUCAUUUGAAGUGAAGAUUGCUCAAGGCCACCUAAAUCUGAAUUUCUAGGUUAUUUUUUUGGGGGGUGGGGUGGGGGAGUAAGGGGAUUGCACUUAGGUACUUUGGGAGGUAUUUAUACUGUAAUUAAUCUUUUCUUUUGGGAGGAACUUAAAUUUUUAACAAGAGUAAAACAGCAUAAAUCAACUGCUGUUCUUUCACAAUAAUAUUUUACUUUGGCAAGCAAUAGUGUAUAUAUACACACAUAUAGGAUGUGCACUUAUUAUAUAUGGAUAUACUUGCAUAUAUGUGGAUACACCUACAGGUGUUUUCUAUUGGUAUUUUGCUCAGAGUUCAGGGAAAGCCCUGUGUACUCCCUUGAUCUUUCCCUACCACAAACUAAUUAGAGCAGAUUUUGGAAAUGAGGGAGAAGCAGUUUGGUGUAGUGGACAGAGAGCUGGACUGGGAAAAAGACUUGGAUUCAAGACCUUCCCCCCCCCCCCCAUAUUAUGACUCCAGGUAAGUCACUUAAAUUCUCAGCCCUAAGAAACUCUUCAGCUCUAUAAGUUACAGAGAUCUAUACUAAUGGUUUUCCUCACUAUAUUGCUAAAAUCUUGAGAAGUCCUGUCCCUAUACUUGUCCCAGAUGAAUAAAUUUAGAACCACAGAAAGGUUGUGAUUUUUCCUAAGAUACUUAAUACUGUCUGUCAGAUGGAACACCUAGAGCCUACUUUUGUUCUCAUCCUAUUAUAGAAAGUAAAAAUAUACCUCAGUAUAAUGUGAUUGGGUUAUAAAUAUUUUGAAGUCUUUGGUACUCUCUUCUCUUUGACCCCAAAUUUUUGUUUUGUUUUGGCUUCCUGGAAGGAAGAGGGAUUUGAUUAAAGGCUAUGGAAAUUUCUGAAUAUUAAGGCUUGGACUGGCAAUGUCCAAGUUCUACUUUUUUAUUUGAAAGAAUAGAGGAUCUAUAGAACAAAUUCUAGGACGGGAUAAGGAACUUUUUUUCUGCCAAAAGCCAUAUGGAUAUUUGUAACAUCAUUCAUACAAAAUUAUCAACUUGAAAAUUAGCCUGCUAUAUUUUGUAAAAUAAUUAACUCAUCCCUAAUGUGAUGGCUGGAACUGUGGUUGUCUUGGUAGGGCCAGACCAAAUGGUUAGUCUGUGGGCCAAAUGCCCCCUAUCUCCUCCAGGCUGUGCUACAAGUGAGAUCAUCUGAUAAACUGUAACUGUGUUAAUGGGAGAAGGGCUAAAAUCAAAAUUACCUCUCUCCUGUGUAAUGUGCAUUUUAAAUGCCAUAUAGGGAUAGGUCACCCUGCCUUUAUUCAACCUGGAGGAGUGACAAGGGCAGAUUGUCACUAAGUCAACUGAAAGCUGAAAGCUUAGGUUUCUAGUAUAGUUUAUGUUACUAAAUGAAUGAGGUGGUUAGUCUCAGCUUCAGUAUAGGUAAAAUGAAUUGUAUUAAAUGACUUUGAAAGGUCCUUUCCACUCUUUUUUAUUAUUCUGUGGUUCUAAAGGUCUACAUUUCAAUAUAAGUAGGAGGAGAGUAUGGAGCCAUGGCAGGGGCAGGGAAAGUAGAGGAUAUACCUUUUUUCAAUAAGUAUUUUAUUAAGCACCUAGCAGGUGCCAGGCACUGUGCUAAGUACUGGGGAUACAAAAACAAUUCCUGGUCUCAAGGAGCUUACAAUUCAACUGUUUGAGCCUUCAGACAAAAACCUAGGCAAUUCCCUUUUCCCUCUAGGCCAGUCUCUGGUGGACAAUGGGAAGCCACAGUUGUUCCAAGGAAAAAGACCCCAAUCAGUGAUGUGUUGACUUAACCAACUCCAACUAACUUUUUCUUUUUUCUUCUUUCCUUCCUUUUUUUCCUUCCUUCCUUCUUUUCCUUUUUUCAUUUCUUUUUCUUUUUUUUUUUUUUUUUUUCUGUUCACACUUGGAGUCUCAGGGAGAAAGUAGGGACAUGGCUGGAGGCUCUUUUGGGCUUGAGCCUUACAAAGGUCAACCUUGGUGUGGUCCCUCCCUCUUUCUUACAUUACUGGGCUAGAUCUUGAUCAGAUUUAGCUGGAGAGCCUACUUGGAACUGCAGCUUUUACCUUUUAAUGUUAUUGCAGCUCCUUAGUAUAAUUUAAAUUCUUUUGCCCUCCC